CUCUCCCUCAUCACCGGACCUGCCUCCUCCUGACAGGGAUUGUACCAUCCAAACGCCACCUCCACGACGGCUUCUCGCAGGAACACCGUGGAUAUUCUUCUAUUCUUUGCCGGGAGCCAGCGAGGUGUCCUGUAGAAGGCAGGGGAAGCUGAGCAGCCUCGGUUUGCGUAUUCCCCCGGCGGCAGGCUCUCAGGAGGGGUCGGAGCUGCAGGGUGCAGCGAGAUGAAUCGCUCCUGGAGGGGGGUUGUCCUGCUCUUACUGCUCUGUUGCUGUCUGCGCCCGGAUAUCGGCUUGGUUCAUGCAACAAGAACCUUGUGUGAGGAGUCUCAGUUUCAGUGCAAAAAUGGUCGCUGUAUUGCUUCAGUUUGGAAAUGUGAUGGAGAUGAGGACUGCCCUGAUGGAAGUGAUGAAAGCUCAUGUGUGAAGAAAACCUGCGCAGAAUCUGACUUUAUUUGUAGUAAUGGUCAGUGUGUUCCUAACCGAUGGGAGUGUGAUGGAGACCCAGACUGUGAAGAUGGAUCAGAUGAAACACCAGAGUUAUGCUAUAUGAGGACAUGCAGAGCUACUGAAAUAAGCUGCGGUUCCCGUUCAACACAAUGUGUUCCCCUCUCUUGGAAAUGUGAUGGUGAGAGGGACUGUGCCAAUGCAGAGGAUGAAGAGAACUGCGGAAAUAUAACCUGUAGUCCAGAUGAGUUCACUUGCUCCAGCGGCCGCUGCAUUUCAAGCACUUUUGUCUGCAAUAGCCAGAAUGACUGCAGUGAUGGAAGUGACGAAGAGAACUGUGUUGCUUCCACUUGUGGAGCUCAUGAGUUUCAGUGCAAGAAUUCCUCCUGCAUCCCUCUUAGCUGGGUUUGUGAUAAGGAUUUUGAUUGUACAGACCGCUCCGAUGAGUCACUGGAGCAGUGCGGUCACCAGCCCAUUGCUCCCCAGAGGUGCAGCCCCAAUGAAAUGCCUUGUGGCUCUGGAGAAUGCAUACACAAAAAGUGGCGCUGUGAUGGAGACCCAGAUUGCAAGGACAAGAGUGAUGAGAUGAAUUGCCCAUCUCGCACUUGCCAACCAGACCAAUUUAAAUGUGAGGAUGGAAAUUGUAUUCAUGGCAGUAGACAAUGCGAUGGUGUGAGAGACUGCCUUGAUGGCACUGAUGAAAUACGCUGUAAAAAUGUCAAUCAGUGCUCAGGACCUGGCAAAUUCAAGUGCAUAUCUGGAGAGUGCAUUGAUAGUAACAAGGUUUGCAACAAGCAUAAAGACUGCAAGGACUGGAGUGAUGAGCCAGUAAAGGAUUGUGCGAUUGAUGAAUGUUUGGUGAAUAACGGUGGUUGUUCCCAUACAUGCCUUGACCUGCCAAUUGGCUAUGAAUGUGAAUGCACUGCUGGCUUUAAGCUAAUUGACCGGAAAACAUGUGGAGAUAUUGACGAAUGCCAAAAUCCAGAAAUCUGCAGCCAGAUCUGUGUGAACCUGAAAGGAGGCUACAAAUGUGAAUGCAGUAAAGGAUAUCAGAUGGAUCCAUCUACUGGUGUAUGCAAGGCAAUAGGAAGGGAGCCAUGUCUGAUAUUCGCCAACCGCAGAGAUAUCCGGAAGGUUGGACUUGAAAGGAAAGAAUACAUCCAGUUGGUGGAGCAGUUGAGGAAUACAGUAGCUCUGGACGCUGAUAUAAAAGAACAAAGCUUGUUCUGGGCAGAUACUAUUCAGAAAGCCAUCUUCCGUGCCCCAUUUGACACCCGGGAAAAAGUAGGCACCCAUGUCAAGGUUGUGGAGAACGUGCACAGUCCAUCAGCAAUAGCAAUUGACUGGAUCUACAAAAAUAUAUAUUGGAUUGAUACCAGUUUAAAGACCAUUUCUGUGUCUAAUUUUGAUGGCUCCAAAAGGAAAACCUUAUUCAGUUCAGGGUUACAGGAUCCAACCUCCAUUGCUGUUGAUCCAAUAUCUGGAUUUAUUUACUGGUCCGACUGGGGAGAGCCUGCCAAAAUUGAAAAAGCUGGAAUGAAUGGUAUAAACAGACAACAGCUGGUAACAUUAGAUGUUCAACGACCUAGUGGCAUUGCAAUUGAUGUGGUAAAAAGCAGUUUGUACUGGGUUGAUUCUAAACUACAUACACUCUCUAGUGUGGACCUCAAUGGUCAAGAUCGCAGAGUCAUCCUGAAGUCUCAAGAGUUCCUUGCUUAUCCUCUUGCACUUACUAUAUUUGAGGAUCGUGUUUACUGGAUUGAUGGUGAGAAUGAAGCAAUCUAUGGUGCCAACAAAUUUUCCGGGCAAGAGCUGGAAACUUUAGUCAACAAUUUAAAUGAUGCCCAAGAUAUAAUAGUCUACCAUGAACUUAUCCAACCCCUAGGUAUAAACUGGUGCAAUGAACAGAUCGAAAACGGCGGCUGUAAAUAUCUGUGUUUGCCUGCUCCGCAGAUAAGUCAUCAUUCUCCUAAGUAUACUUGCGUUUGUCCUGAUGGCUUUGAACUGUAUGAAGGAAGGAGCUGCAGAGCAGGUAGUAACGAUACUAUGGACCACACUGUCAAACCUACAGGAAUAUUGCCUAAUAAACCACGUCCCAGUGGUACUAUAUAUAUCCUCCCUGAUGCAUAUAUCCUCCCUGAUGCAAACACACCAGUUUUACCAGUGCAGAGCAACGGUAAUAAUGACACUGCUUCUGUGUUUGAGGUAAAUCAGUCUGCCAAAGGAACCUCUGCUGCAUGGGUGAUCCUUCCCCUUUUGUUAAUAGUAAUAGCGGCCUCUGGAGGUUAUAUGAUGUGGCGCAACUGGCAACAGAAAAAUAUGAAAAGCAUGAAUUUUGAUAAUCCAGUGUACUUAAAAACAACAGAGGAGGACCUGGCGAUAGAUAUUGGAAGGCAUAGUGGGAAUAUAGGCCACACAUAUCCAGCAAUCUCUGUUGUAAACACAGAUGAUGACCUGUCCUGAGUAUGGUCAUUCUUGACUGGCAUUCACCAUCCUCCUUUAGACUACAUUGCUUCAACAGGGAUUUUGUUGUAUUCUGGAUGGUAACCACACCAGUGGCUGAACUUGUCCACCUCCCUCCACGAAGAGUCGUGUGAAUGGACACACUACCUGCAUUGGAGACCUCUUGUAAAUAUUUAUCAACUGCGUUCAGCUCUUGAUAUGGUUACCUCUAAACUAUUCGCUCCCAAACCUUUUGUCUCUUCUCAUCAUGUUUUUUUUCAGUAUUAACACCGAAUCCUUUAAUAGGUCAAGUACUGUAUAAAGCACUUUCCAUAAAAAGCCAUAUCCCAGAAAUUGUGUUGUAUGUAGUAAGUUCACCUGUACAUAUGUGUAUAGGCAGUUUGUACAUAUCCUUAGAAGAAACACAAUCACAAUUCUGAAGCACUUUGAAAAUAUUUAAAUUGUAAAUAUGUGUCUGUAAACCUUUUUUUGGGUUUUUCAUUUAUUUUUCCAAUGGUUGGGGCAAAUGGCAAUAGACAAAAUGACAAACGGGUUAUACAUAUCAAAUUGCCAAAUAAUUUCUAAACUUAAAGAAUUUUGUACUGUGUGAAUGCAACUGUAAAUCUGUCUUGACUGGCCUUUUUUAUAGAGGUAUGCAAAGGGGUUUCUCCCUGUUAAAAACCACUGGAGAAUCUUUUCAGGAUUAAAAUGAACUAUGUAUUUA